AUGUGUCAAUCCUAUAGCAUCUGCGAGCUGUGUGAGGCUGGGAUAUAUGCCCACGAUCCCAACCACGUGCUUCUGAAGCUGCGGAGGCCUGUCUUGUGCCUCUCAGAGACCUACAGCCUCGGGCAGUUCUCGCCUCGCCUCGCCACUCUCGAACAGCUCAGGCUCCAGAAGCAGGUGGACAAGCGUUUCCUGAAGGCGGAGAAGCAGCGCUUGCGAGCGGAGAAGAAGCAGCGCAAAGCGGAGGUGCGGGAACUCAAGAAGCAGCUGAAGUUGCACCGGAAGAUCCAUCUGUGGAACUCUGUCCAUGCUCUGGACGGCGUUGGUUUGACAGCGGCCAGACCCGAGAGCCUACAACCCACCGCACUUCGUCCCCUCCAGGGCUGCCCGGUCGUUGUCCCCACACUAAGUGCCGCCUUCGUGGAUGAAAACCUGCCCGACGGAACCCACCUUCAGCCAAGAACGGCCUUCAUCAAGCAUUGGCGCAUGAGGAACAUUGGCAGCAUGGAAUGGGAUUCUGACACCAAGCUGAAAUUCAUGUGGGGGAACUUGACUCUGCUGUCCUCCGAGAAGAGAGAUGUGACCGUGCCUUCCCUGCGGCCAGGGCAAGUGGGAAUCGUGUCUGUAGAGUUUGUGGCCCCCCCGGUGGAAGGAACUUACACGUCUCACUGGCGGCUGUCGCACCGAGGGGAACAGUUUGGGCCCCGGAUCUGGUGCAGCAUUAUAGUGGACUUCUCCAGCACAGACUGCCCAGAGAGUGGCAAACAGAUGUGCAGCUUUAGCCAGAAGGGCAGAUCGCCUUGUACAAAAGAGGAAAGAUCUACAGAGCCCAAGGCAGAAGGUCUCCAGGCGGCCAGCGCUGCCAUCCAGGGAGGGCUGGCCAACCCGUCUGCUCCACCACAGGUGAAGAGCAUCACCCGCGAGAGAGAAUUUUACAUUCCGUCAGUUGACCUCCUCACGGCACAGGACUUGCUCUCCUUUGAGUUGCUGGACAUCAACAUUGUGCAAGAGCUGGAGCAGGUCCCUCGCAGCAGUCCCGCGGACUCUCAGGAAGCGAAGGGGAAGCCUGAAUACCCGGCCAACCAGGAAGAAGGAGAUGAAGAUAUGAGUGGAACACAGUUUGUGUGUGAGACAGUCAUUCGCUCUCUGACCUUGGACGCCGCACCCGACCACCGGCCCCCACAAAAGAAGAAAUCUUCACAGACUUCUCAGCAAGCAGUACAGGAUACCACCCACUGUAGCCCAAAGACUGAGGAUGCUGUUAGGAUCAAGAGCAGUUCCACUUCCACAGUACAGGAAUCCGAAUUGACGAAUCAGAGAACCGAGGCGGCCAACGAGCCUGACUUUGAGAAACUCCUGGUGCCAGAUAGUGAGGAAUCAAGCGACAGAGAGGCCGACAGCGAUGCACAGGAUGACGUCCGGAGCCAGGUGUCUUCCACUUCCUCCGAGGAUUAUGUGGUCAUCCUCCCGGAGUGCUUUGACACCAGCCGACCUCUGGGCGAGUCCAUGUACAGCUCGGCGCUCUCGCAGCCAAGCUCGGAGAAAGGAGCCGAGGGCCCAGCCGGUCCCAGAGGAGAGAGCCGGCCCACGGCUCACAGCAUCAACGAUAUCCUGACCACGUCGCAGGUCCUGGACGCGGUGCCACUGACCCCGCAGAUCACGGGGCCCCAGCCAGUAAGGUCUCUAGGCCCUUCCCAAGAUGAGCGUCCUCCAGAAACAAGAUCUCCGGAAGCCUGUUUGCCAGCUCCAGACCCAACGAGAGAAGCGGUCCUUCUUUCAUCUCCUCUAGGAGAUGUUUCUGCAGCUCCCUCUGCAGAGAUUGUAACCAGCACGUCGGCAUCCUCCGAAUCCUCCAGACACGCCCAUGGAAACAGCCUGGCCGGGGGCUUGAUGAAAGGGGCCUUAUCUGUGGCUGCUUCAGCCUACAAGGCCCUGUUUGCCGGACCACCCUCUGUGGAACAGGCUCUCCCUGUGAUCACCGAGGAACAGAUGACGGCCUUCCUGGCCAACCUGAGCGAGAUGGGCUUCUGUGACCGCCAGCUCAACCUUCGGCUGCUGCAGAGACAUAACUGUGACAUGGCCCAAGUGGUCACAGAGCUGCUGCAACAGAGCCACAGUGACUGGUAUGGGAACCAGUACUGAGCCACCUCCAAGCAUAGAGCAGCAGACCACACCUCUGGCUCCCUUCUAGAGUUCCAGCAGAGCAGAGAUGGCUUGGCUUCCACCUUUCGUUGUACCUCUAGUUUCUUUUUGUUCUAGUAAAAUCCUGUGUUGCAUCUUCUGGCCCUACACACACACACACACACACCCAGUUUCACGGCUCAGGCACCAGGUUGGUCGAAGUGAAAUAAUACCUGUGGGAGGGGAAAAGAGUGAUGGCGCACCAGGUCACUGGGUCCUGAACGAUUUCUUAAGUGUCAUCAUGCACUCCAUGUUUGAGUCUGGCUGCAAUCUUAGCCAAUUGGGGCAGGGCACUGUGCAGCAUUUUCUCUGCCCAUUGAGGGGUCAGAUCUUUCGGGUCCUGCCCUCCCAUGACCUGAGCUGUUCUGGAUUUUGUCCUCUGGUGUGCUUGAAAACCUCCUGCAUCUUGUUGAAGCAAUAACUUCCAGCAUUUUGCUGCUGUUGCGUGUCUUGCAGGGCACUGACCCAAAUCUAAAACAUCCUGGUUACCUGCCUCCUCGCAAAUACUGCUGUUUCCUGCCAUUGUGGUGGUAAACUACUGUGAGAGGAGCUUGCCCUAAAAAAACAGCAACACGGAGAAUAGUCGCUCCUAGUAUGUAACACUUUAUAAGUAUUUUGAUUAUUAUUAUUGUUAUUAUUAUUAUUGCAUUAAAGUAUUUGAAGGCUGAGACACACUUGGGCGGGAGGAGAACAGUAAUUGUAGAUUAAUCUCUUAAGACUCUACAGUUCUUUGCAGAGGCAUGGGCACUUUCCAUGCAGUAUUCUUGCCCGCUGUGCCCAGCUUGGGAUUAAGUUGAGACAGAAAUCAAAUUGUUUAAUGAACCUUGUUAAACAGCCCUUGCUGGAUGCUUUAAUGGGGAGUCAAAUGGGGGAAAUGCACAAUAAGAAAACGGCAUUAAGGAGGCAGUCUCCACCCCAGCCCGACAUGCGGCUCAAGGAUCCCUGAGGACUUUUCCCCACCCAGACCUGAUAGACAUGAACAGUACCAGUGCUGCUGGGUAGUGUCCUUUUAUUUAACUCUCAGGUGUUCCUAUAACUUUCUACAUAAAGAGGGAAGAACUGUAAUUGAGGGAAAACAUACUUUAUUUUAGAAAAUCAGUGCAUGGGCAGCUGGAGAUUGCUGACCUGAUUGUGGCUUUUCUUCUCUCGUUGGGUUAAAGAGGAAAAUCUUGGGCGUUUCCAAAUAGUUCUGCCUCAGUUUUCUCUUGAAGUAGUUUUAUUGCUUUUGUUGGCUUUGUAUAUUUUUGUGAGAGGGAUGCAUGGAUAAUUUAAAUAGUGCACAUACUAAGAUCUUUGUAUAUUGUUUAGA